UCGCGGGUGCAGCUUCUGGUCUGGGCUAGGUUAGGCUGAUCGCUGCGCUCGCCGUGUCCUUCCCACCGCUCCCCACCCCCCUCAAUCCACUCACUCCAUCUAUCUGGAAUCGCCUCGUCCGUUGGACCACCCCGCCUGCCACGACCCGUCCGACAUAAUCUCCACUCCGCUUUCCUCCACGCCACUCCGCUCGACCGCUCGUGUAGUCUUUCUUACAGGUCGAUCGCUCUCAUAUCCGCUCUCGCCGGCUCGGCUCAGGAACGAAUCUGCUUGUGCGCUUCGAGGUGUCCUGUGCGCUGGCCGGCUCUUGGAAGUUGAGGGCUUGCCGCCGCACAGACGGUGCACCAAGUUUGUCGAAGGGAGUUUAGAACGCUCGAGGCGAGGCGAGAAACGACGAAGCAAUGGGGUGGAAGCCGGCGCAAACGGCGAUUCGCGCGUGGAAAAUACUGCGAGGCGAUAAAGUGAUGGUGAUGGCGGGCAAGGACCGCGGGCAGACGGGCACGGUGACGGCCGUCAUCAAAGACAAGAACCGAGUGGUCGUCGAGGGACUCAACCUCGCGAAGAAGCAUGUGAAGAAGUCAGCGGACUCGCCAGGGGGAGUCAUCACAGUGGAGGCGCCCAUCCACCUCUCCAACCUCUCCCUGCUGGACCCCGAGACUGGUGCGCCGUGCCGCGUCGCUUUCCGCUACACAGAGGAGGGCGCCAAAGUGAGGGUGGCGGCAGGCAGGAGUGCGUCUGGCGCCGUCAUUCCCCGGCCAGACAUUCUCAAGCACCGGCGCACGCCGCUGCCCACUGAAGCUGGUCCGCGGGACACGACUCCAGAAGCAGCACAUGCGGUGACCUAUGACUACACGUCAGGGGAGGGCGGGCUGCCGCCCCUUGUGUUCCGCAACGAGCGGUGGGAGCUGGACACCGACAAGUGGCAGGAGAGGAUCAGAGCCGCCGCCAAGAUGCGAGGCUCGGCAGGAGUGCGAGGCUCGGCCAAGCCUGUGGCCAGGGCAAGGCAUGGUUCUUCUAAGCCUAAGGAGGCUGAGAGUAGAGCUAAGGGGAAGUGAGGGGGAGGGGGGCAGAGGGGUUGGACGUGGUCUGGCAACGAGGUGUGGGAGGUGGACACUGAGAAGGGGCAGCCAGGCAUCAGAGCCGCCGCCAAGAUGCGCGGCUCGGCUCGGUCGGGUUAGGGGCUUGACUCUACCAAGCGUGUGGGUGGGCCACGACACGGCUCUAAGCCGGAGGAGGCUGAAAGUGUAGCUAAGGGGAAAUGAAAGGAGUACACAUACAGUGUAGGACUCCAUAUUCCUUUUAGACAUAGUUUUGGGUUCUAUAGCUGACGUGUCAAGCUUUAGCUAUGCAAGAAGGGAGGGAACACACCCAUUGCAUAUUCUCAUACCAGCAGAGCUUCAAUAAUGUGCGUGUUGGAAAUAUCUCAAGGACUU